UAGAAAUGCUCCACUCAUGCCAUAUUUUGAAGGAUGUGGCGGAUGUAUAUCUCAUGUGUGCUCACUUGGUGUUGUGGAUCGCCCAGUCCCGCGUACAGAUAAGCUGAUGUAAACUUUCUUUCGGGCGCUAUUUGGUGUUCAACUGUCUAAGAUAAGAAGUUUCUGAGUGGUGGCCGUGAGCAUGGCGGACCGGGAGGAGCGCCGCUUCGCCGAGGUUCACCGGGAGUCCGUCAAACUCAUGGCCGAGAGUGCAGGCGUGGAGCUGGGCGACGAUGUGGCCGCUCUGCUGGCUGAGGAUGUGUGUUACCGACUCAGGGAAGCGACGCAGAGCAGCUCUCAGUUCAUGAGACAUGCAAAGAGGAGGAAACUGACAGUGGAGGACUUCAACAGAGCUUUGCGCUGGAGCAACGUUGAGGCCAUCUGUGGCUACGGGGCCCAGGACGCUCUUCCCUUCCGUUCGGUGAAAGAAGGAGAGCUUUUCUUUGUUGAGGAUCGGGACAUCAACCUGGUUGAGCUGGCUCUGGCCACCAACAUUCCCAAAGGCUGUGCUGAGACCAUGGUGCGAGUGAAUGUCUCGUACCUAGAUGGAAAAGGCAACCUGGAGCCUCAAGGGACAGUUCCUACAGCGGUACAGUCUCUGUCAGACGACCUGCUGAAGUACUACCAGCAGAUCACAAGAGCAAUCCUGGGAGAGGACCCCCAUCUCAUGAAGGUGGCUCUGCUGGACCUCCAGUCUAACUCCAAAAUCGCUGCCCUGCUGCCAUAUUUUGUUUAUGUCAUAAGUGGAGUAAAGUCGGUAAGCCACGACCUGGAGCAGCUCAGCAGGCUCCUGCAUAUGGUGAAGAGCCUUGUCCAGAACCCCUACCUCUACCUGGGCUCAUAUGUGCGUAGUCUGGUCUCCAGUGUCAUGUACUGCAUCCUUGAGCCGCUGGCUGCCUCCAUCAACCCACUCAACGACCACUGGACCCUUAGGGACUACGCCGCCCUGCUUCUCAGCCACAUCUUUUGGACUCAUGGUGAUCUGGUGAGUGGUCUCUACCACCAGAUCUUGCUUUCUCUGCAGAAGGUUCUAUCUGACCCAGUCAGACCGCUGUGCUCCCACUAUGGAGCUGUGGUGGGCCUCCAUGCUCUGGGAUGGAAGGCUGUCGAGAGAGUACUCUUCCCACAUCUCCCUGCCUACUGGGCCAACCUCCAGGCUGUGUUGGAUGACUACUCCGUCUCCAAUGCUCAGGUCAAAGCGGACGGUCACAAGGUCUAUGGAGCCAUCCUGGUGGCAGUGGAGCGCCUGCUGAAAAUGAAGGCUCUGUCUCUGUCCCAGCCAGCAGAGGGAGCCUCCAGUGCACAGCCAGGCUCAGUGAUGGGUGCUAUGGGUUACAGAGUGAGCUCUCCAGGCCUCAGCCCCCCUCCAGAGCCUCUGUCAGAGGCCGCCCUUGGAAUCGCCAGCCACCUCCAGGCAGGUGGGGCUGGUUGUCCCUGGGAGGAGUGGACUCCAGUCCCCCUCCCUGCCAUGUACUGCGAGCUCUACUCUUUCUUCGGUGACAGCUUAGCCGUCAGGUUCAGUACAGGACCGGGGUUUGGCAGCUACCCCCCCUGCACCCAGUCUCAGCUCAGUGACACCCGGAAGGAGCCCUCCGGCCCUGCCUCCAACCCAGACACCACCCGUAAGAUGCCACAGCUGACUGCCAACCUCAACAUCAGCCCCAGGCAGGAUGGGAGUCCUCGCACCGAUCCACCCCCUCCCAGCCUUGCAGCCACAGGAUCAGGAAGAUCCCUGGCACGCUCCUCCUCCUCCGUGCAGCGCUCCAGAUCCUCCUCGUCACGUUCAGGGCAGCGCUCGGCAGGUCUGUCUCGGGAUGUUUUCCCCAAAGCGCGCUUCACCUCUCCUCAGACUGGACCUCCAGUGUUCUCCUUUCUCAUUGGUGGGCGGCAAAUGGGUCGCCGUUGCCAAGGCCGCCGUCCCUUCCAGACCACGUUUGCCCCGACUCCACCUUUUCCCACCAUCCCUCCACGUGCCUAUGCUCACAAACUGCCCGUCAUUGGCAGGGUGGGCAAACCUGUGCGGCGCUGGACGUGUUCCCAUUACUCCCUCCAUCUGCCUCUGUAGACGGCAGGCUCUUAGAAACGGGAAUCAGACUGCUUUAGCGCACAGCGAGGUUUGACUGCUGCAGACUUUUUCAGCUCCUUAUUAAUGUUGUCCCACUUAAUCUGCCAAUAAUUGGUAUUUUUGAGGAUAUUUUCAUAGUUGAAAAUAGAAAGGACGGGCUGUUUUUAUCGUGGUGUAAAAUUCAAUAUAAGCAUAAAUCCACUGAUGUGCAGUUUUUGACCAUUUCUCACUUUGAUACCCCAGAAAUCUAACUUGAGUCCAGCUCACUUUUAUGUUGUUUUGGGUUUUGCAUGAUGGACAAAAAACCUGCAAGUAGCAAACUGACUGACAUCAUAUCGGCAGCAUUGAGAAAAAUACACAAUGCCUUUGUAGAUUUGACCAUACAUGCAUGUAUAGCAUAAAGAAAUAUGCCGCAAACAGUAAGAAUGAAACACAGAAGUAGUUGUUGGAGGUUAAAUUAAUGACCAUGUUGCUGAUCACUGGUAAGAGGUGUGCACUAGCCAGAAUCUCCAACAAUGUCCGUGUCUUUUUUUUUUUUUUUUAAAUGUUUUCUUCAUUUGUUCUAUAGAUCUCCUAAAAAUACCAGUUAUCUGUUGGCGCUCUGCUCGACUGGAGGGAUGGAAAAAUAAGCAUCAGAUGUGUGUGGAGCCAUGAGGAAGCUUUGACCUUCCCCUCAUUAUUAGUUAAAACUAACCAAAGUGCCAUAUUUUUGGUACGUUUAAUGCGAUUUAUAAGAUUUGAUUCAUCCUUAAUGCUGCCUGAAGUACAAGGACUGAGCAUUUGCUGAGGACGGUGUUGGAGCGUUUGCCCUGUAUGUGUAAAAAAAAUAAAUCUUUGUGACAUCUUGUACAUAGCUGUUUUUACAGAAUAAAUAUUUCCUGGUUGUAGUUUUGAAA